AAUUCAUUUUAGUAAAGAAUAUGGAAAUCCAGUCAAUGUGAAUAUGUUGAUUAAUGUUGUAGAUAUGAAAUGGCAUGAAGUUGACAGCACUUAUUUGAGGCAUCCAGUUACUGAAUCUCUCUCAUGUGGACUGGAAAAAUGGAGGGAAUUUUUCCAGGAAUUAGGUGUUGUGGAUUUUGUGCAAAUUAAUCAAGUUGAUAAGACUGUUUCUGAUAUAUCUCGUAUCAUUUUUAAGAAUCUCAUGUGGGAAAGAGAUCUGAUUUCCCCUGAAUCAAUUGCCAAAGACUGGGAAUCUCAUGAAUUGGUCCACUUAAUAUCUGUAUUGUCCAAAAAUUGCAUGCAGCAAAGUUGUAUAUAUCUGUUAGAGAUUUUUGAUACACUAUGGGAUAGUUGUUUUAGUGACAAAGUGAUGGGUUACUGCAAUAUUAACUCUGGCGGAGAUAGCAAACCCUUCAAGUCUUCUUUUAUGAGCAGCAUUAGUGAUGUCCAGUGGGUAGUAUCUGGCAUGGAUAAUGAGCUUCACUAUCCCAGAUGUACGAAAUGGGAAGCUAGUAAGUGAUAUCGGGUUUAAGGUUAAAGUUACAAUGGAUGACAUUUUGGAAAUUCUGAAAGUGUGGAGAAGUUCUCAGAGACCUUUUGAGGCCAGCAUAUCACAAACGUCAAACUUGUACACAUUCAUCUGGAAAGAAAUGGCUACUUCAAGGCACAAAAUCACUGAGGAAUUACAUUCUGGAUCUUGUGUAUUUGCGUCUGGCUCUAGUCGUGAGGAUGUGGUACCUGGUAUGUUUUUGUCUCCUGAAGAAAUAUGUUGGCAUGAUCCAACUGGUUGUCUAGACCAAAUUAAGGAGAUAAAUCCUCAGUGCAGUUUGACAGAAGUGACUCAUUGCCCCUUAAAAAAGACACUGAGCAAUAUAUAUCCAGGCCUUCGUGACUUUUUCAUUGACGGCUGCGGAGUACAUGAGACCCCUCCUCUCUGUAGCUACCUACAAAUUUUGCUCCAGCUUUCGACUGUUACUUUGCCUUCACAAGCAGCUAAUGCAGUUUUCCAAGUGUUUCUCAAGUGGAGUGAUGGUUUGAAAUCUGGACUACUGAGUCCUGAAGAUAUCAUUUACUUGAAAGAGCAUCCUAAGAAAUUUAACUGUGCUGUACUUCCAACUGAAUAUGAUAAGUGGAUUUCCUCCCUACACCCUUCCUUUGGCCUUGUGUGCUGGUCUGAUAAUUUGAAGCUAUGGAAACAAUUUCAGCAUUUCUCUGAAGUUUUAUUGUCUUUUAGCUUCCAAAUAAAACCACAAUAUAAUUAUGUUGAACCAUAGACAUCUUUCACGUUGAAGCCUUUUUUGGACUGAUGCCUCCAAAUCCCUAAAAUAUGUCAGCCUUCAACACUAACUCAGUACUCUCUUUUUACUUGAUGGUUACUAAAAUGAGUACUAUUAAACCUCCUUUUAUACUUUGCAAUGUAUGCUUUAUUAGAAUAUGAGGGUAUUUCCAACAUUUAUAUCCUUAUCGUAUGCCUUUUACAGGACAACGUUUUGUACACAACCCAAGAAUCCGAUUCUCAUGCCCUAUUUAUGGAGCUGUCUCGUUUGUUAUUUGAUGGAACUCC